AUGAAAGGAGGGCCAACAACAGUAUUAACAAAAUUUAUUGCGGAUAUCAAAGAACAAAAACUACGAUCUUUUUCGUCUUACAAGACUGUAGAAGAGUUAAAAGAGCUACUCCGCGAUUAUAAAGUUAAUGGCGACAAUAUUACAAGUAUAAAACAAUUCAAUCCAAUUUUCGAGAAAAUUGAUGACGACGACGAAGCCCUGAAACAAUGUAUUGCAGAAAUUACAUUACGACUUGCGCAAAUAAAAUCAAUGACAGAUGCUAACGAGGCGACACGUUGCACUUUUAUCGAAUCUAUAUUACACGCAUCAAUUGCCGUCGCAAGAAGACAAACCAAUAAAGAAAUAGACAUCGAAUAUCAGAGAGAUAUUUCUGGUGAAGAAACAUCUGGUCGGGUUGAUUAUGCAAUAAGUGGAAUAGAGGACCUCCUAUGUAUUACUGAAGGAAAACCACGAAACAUAAAAAUAGGAUAUCUUCAGAAUAUAAAGCAACUCGAAAGCUCCUUCCACACAAACAAAAAACGAACUGUGGAUCAAGCAUUUAAUGACGAUGGCUAUGAUUAUCUCUACGGUAUCGUUUCCACUGGGGUGGAUUGGCAUUUCAUCAUGUUUACAUCGGACGGGUUAUACUGUACAAGUAAAACGGAAUAUCAAAUAGAUCUCACGAAAAAAGUACUUAGGGAUAGUCGUGAAAAUUUGCGAGAUAGCAUAAAACAAAUAAUUGGCAUAAUCGUGGGGUUAUUGAAAGAUCGAGCAAUGGCACCUGAAAACAAAAGACGUCGCGUACAAGAAAAGAUUGGAAAAUAG